ACAAUUUCCUGUCAGCUGUCAAUUGCACGUCAGCUGCAAUAUGUUUCGUUUUCGGUAAUUCAGUUAUAUAUUAUUUAUUUUAUUUAUAGUUACAAAUUCUACGAGUAUUUUACAGUGUAGGUGAUGUGUUUAGCAAAAUGUCUGAAGAAGAAGUCGUGGAUAUAGAACAGGAAUUAAGUGAUCUCUUAACUAAAGUCCAACCCAACCUACAAGAUGUUAUCAAAAGGAGUUUUACAAAUGUGGCUCUUCAGCAGACGAAGAAUGGUGAACAAAUCAAACCAGACACACUGGGUGACACCUCCUAUUUCGCAAAAAAUACUCAAGUGAACCUCUUCCGAUUAGAACUCGUUAAGGUACCUACAUUCCACAUGCAGGCUCUGUCAUUAGAUUUGAAGUCCAUGAGCCUUACGCUGCGGUGUUCCCUUGGAGAAGUCAAUGUGAAAGGCCUGUACAGUGCAUUUAAUGAAAACUUGUAUAAUCUCAUACCUGUAAUGGCUGAAGGACAUGUUGUAAUAUCAUUGUCGAACAUGAUCGCAGAUGUAAGGGUUGGCCUAGUGCUCGAAGAUGAUGCGUUCUCAUUCAUCAAUCCCGGCAUUGAGUUCACACAUGAUGAAGUACUGGUAAAGUUGUCGUGGCCAUCCCCGCAAAGGAGUGGUGGUUACGAAUUCGCUACCACCGAGCAGCUAGCUAAACACAUAGAUGACCUGCCUCUGACGGCGGCAGUGUCCCUGCCCCUGUACGCGCUACUGCGGGAGAAGCUGCAGCUGCACCUGGCGCUGGUGCUGCGGCAGGCGACCAGCGUCUCAGAGGUCAUGUGCUGCAACCCAUCGCUGAUGGAAGCCUACAGCGGUAUGAUCGACGGGCUGGCGCAGAACGGCAACAAGGUGGUGGACAUGAUCCUCAUCAACAUCCGCCGCACGCUGCUGCAGAGCUGCCGGGAAGUACUGCAGCUGCCGCCGCUCCACGCUACCUUCAUGCACAAAAUAGGAUCAUUAUCGUUUAUCGGCAAGUUUGAGACGGACACGGGCUGGGUGAAGAACCUGGCGACUAUCAACCGUAUCAGUGACGUCAGCGUCACGCGACCGGACCCCAUGAAGACCAGCUUCUACGUCACGUUGAGGAUAAAAGAUUUGCAAAUUGGUUACGACGAAUACCGCAUCCGUGCGAUGGGCGUGUCGUGCGCGGGUCGCGCGGCGGCGGCGCUGCAGCGACACUCGCUGCACCUCGCGCUCACGCUCGGCCUCGCGCACUGGGAGCCCUACGCACAGCUCGACCAUCUGCGCGUACACAACUUGGAUUGCGCAGACUUGCACGUAACGGGUCUGGGUCCGUUGAGCGGGGCGUCGAGCCUGGUGUGUGCGUGGCUGCGCGGCGCCGCGACGUCGCUGGCCGCGCCCGCAGUAUCCGCGCAGAUACAACACGAGCUACACACCGCGCUACAAGAACUACCUUUAUGGGAUCUGCUACAUGCCAAACACUGAUAUAACGUGCUGACUAAAAACCACCCCGUUCCUUCUCCUGCUUUUCGAACCGCAGCCGCGGUAAGCCCGCUAGGUAGUCCGCAGCUCCGGAUCAGGCAUCAGCCCUACUGGGCCCCAUCUGUGGUGGCUCUUUGAGGCUGAUAUAACGUCCUACAGUAACACGAUAAUGUUACUGCAACGUAAGACUGCGUGAAGUGAUGCAGGUAUAUUUAUUUAGAAGUUAUGCAAUGCCAAAUACAUGCAGUCGUAUGGUAUUUGUUAUGUUGUUGAGGUAAUUCGUUGGCAAUUGCGUAUAUUUAUUGUUUUGCUUGAACGAGUGUCGUCAGAUGAAAUUUUAAUUAACAGAAUGCUUUAGGAAUUUAAGUUGGUGUGCUUUUUGUGCAUUUUCGAAAACCAUUCUAUGCUAUUUGUCCUUUUCUACACGACUAUCACGACUAUGUACUCGAUAUUUCUUUCUUUACCUUUCUUUUCGUACUACAACCGAGUCCUUACUAGAUUCGGUUGAAGAUUAUAUCAAUAUCUGACCUCCGUGAUUCACUUAGGAGGUAGACCUAAGUGAUACGUUUAAAGCAAGAGAGCACGUGCGGCGCACUGAUUGGCCGGCUCAAAUAAACCAACCAAUCAGAGCGGCGAACGCGCUCUCGUCUCAUUUACUUUUCUUUUUCGAUUACUAUUUUUCACAACGUAACGUUUCACUGCCAACUUUCACUAUAAAACAUAUUACGUUUUUAUUACACUAUUUCUUAGUAUCGUUUCUUUUUAGCUCGACUCAAAUCGAUCGGUAUUGUUGUUGUAAAUUGACAUCAUUGUACAUAAAAAGAUAUUUUGUUAUAUAUUUUUCACUCCUAUUUACAUCACUAUGGGCUUCCGAUUUUUUAAUUACAUAAAUAUAAUAUAUUUUAGUACAUAAGUAUCUGUUUUUGAAAUGAUUCUUUUUUUCUAUCAUUUAUUCUAUUUCUAUGUAUAGCAGAUUAUUAAAGUAAUAUAUUAAUUGUACACAAUGUAUAAAAUAAAUGUUUUCUGUCAUUGAAUACGUAUUUAAAAUAAUAUGACUAUGCAACUAUUCUGUAAAUAUGAAUUACAUGAAAAAUAUGAUUUACCUAUUUGACAUAACAUAAUAAAUUAAAAGUACUGGUUACAGAAGUACAUACAUAAUAUUAUUAUUUUGUAUUAAUUGAUAAUGAUAGUAAGCAUGAAGAUAUUAUUAAAAAGCAAUAAUUAUUGUAAUAAAUUAUUAAAAAGAAUAUGUAUUAUUAUUUGAAAAUAUAUUGGUUGUGUUGUGAGUGCCUUGUAUCUACUGAGACUGUUAUAAUUUGUAUUUUUACUAUACAAGUUGUUAAAUAAAAUGUUUCAUAAUUUU